CUUGGAUUGAAUGGACCAUAUAACUUCCCCACCAGGAUAAUUAUAAUUGCAAAUAAUUUACCAUACAGAGAAAUAGAGAAUUGCGUGUGAUGUCACACCAGGCUGCUGUCGGGACAGCUUUAUCAGGACAGCUCAGCCUCGCCUCUCCUCUUCCACUCGAGCUCGCUGACUCUGGUAGGAUACACAGUCAAGACACAGCCAACACACAGACUGAGGGACUGCUCUUCAGGAACACAGGGGUAUAUAGCAUUCUCAUCCUCCCACAGGGAAUACCCAUGGAGAUCCGGGCAAGGAUGCAUCCGAACUGCACGUUGUUUCUGCUGGUGUUGUGCUCCCUCACUAAGCUACUUGUGCUAGCGAGUCCUGAGGUCAGUGAGUGCAAGCGAGACUCAUCGAAUGAUCAGCGUGAAUUGGCUGCAACGCGCAAUCAAAUUGCUACGGCCCAAUACGAAUGUUUCCAGCGGAUGUUGAAAGACUCGCAUCACAAAAAAACAGGGCCGAUGUGCAACAGGACGUGGGACGGAUGGCUAUGCUGGGACGCAACUGAAGCUGGCUUCACCACAGAGCAGCACUGUCCAGACUACUAUGGAGAUUUUGACCCCAAAGAGGUGGCAUCCAAAGUUUGCACUGAGACGGGUCAGUGGUGGCGCCACCCACAGAGCAACAGGACCUGGACCAACUACACAAAAUGCACGGCCAACACUAAUCAAGGCAGAAGGACAGCGAUGAAUCUCUUCUACUUGGUUCUGAUUGGCCAUGGGCUGUCUCUGACAUCAUUGUUCAUAUCGUUAGGAAUAUUCUUCCAUUUCAAGAGUCUGAGCUGCCAGAGGAUAACACUCCACAAAAACCUCUUUUUCUCCUUUGUGCUGAACUCAAUCAUCACCAUCAUCUGGCUGACAGCCGUGACCAACAACCAGGAACUCAUGCGAAGCAACUCUGUGAGCUGUAAGGUGAUUAUGUUCAUCCACCUGUAUCUGCUGAGCUGUAACUACUUCUGGAUGCUGUGUGAGGGCAUCUACCUGCACACCCUCAUCGUUGUGGCCGUGUUUGCAGAGAAGCAACAUCUCAUGUGGUAUUACUUACUAGGAUGGGGUUUUCCGCUCGUGCCAGCGCUGAUACACGCAAUAGCUCGCCGCUGCUACUACAACGACAACUGCUGGAUCAGCUCAGACACGUCCUUGCUCUACAUUAUACACGGGCCCAUCUGUGCUGCACUGUUGGUCAAUCUUUUCUUCUUGCUGAACAUCGUCCGUGUUCUUAUCACAAAGCUGAAAGUGACUCACCAGGCAGAAUCGAGCCUGUACAUGAAGGCAGUGAGAGCCACGCUCAUCCUCGUCCCUCUGCUGGGGAUCCAGUUCGUCCUGAUCCCGUACAAGCCCCAGGGAAGCCUGGCCUCUGAGAUCUUCCAGUACAUUAUGAAUAUUCUCAUGCACUACCAGGGUCUCUUGGUGGCAACGAUAUUCUGCUUCUUCAAUGGGGAGGUCCAGACUGUCCUGCGGAGGCACUGGAACCAGCAGCGGAUGCAGUUUGGCGGCACUUUCGCCAACGCCGACAUCCUCCGUUCAGCCUCCUACGUGGCGUCAUCGCUCACAGAGGUCCACCGCUGCUACAGCAUCGAAAGUCAUGUCGAGCACAUGAACGGCAAGGGCUACAACGACAUCGAAGCCACCAUAUUCAGAUCGGACAACCCUUUUGCGUGAAGGCGGCCCGUGGAGUUUGGCACUUGAGACUUGGCACUUCCUUUCUUUUCUGGUCCAAGAUGUUUUCAAGAUUGAUGGGACUUUGCGGAACCAGGCAAAAAAUAAAUAAAUAAAUAAAAAUAAAAAAUCCAGGAGAAUUUUUCCAUCUUCUUCCAUCACUUUUAUAUUUUCUUGGAGUUACUGUCUGAGUUGAAUAUUUAACAUUACUAUUUUUUUAUUGUAUUUUUCUACAUUUUUACAUUUUCAAGCCAGUAAACUUCCUCUUCAUUUAAGAAACAACAUCUUCAUUUUGUUUCAUGGAUUUUUCUGACAGAUGUACACACACAGAAUUUUUGAGAGGGUGUGAGACCAAACUCCCUGCUCAUUUACACUCUCGUUUCCCGACUACCUAUCGAUUUUCAGAGAAGGCUCUUGCACAUAAGGACAACAUUAUUAACUGCAUCUACCCACCACCUCACUGUAUGGCAUCAACGCAAGGAAUGAUCAUGUUUGUCAUCUUGUGGAUUAAACUCUAAAAAGAAGCCUUGAGGAACAAGAACAACUGACGCCUAAGAGGAGCAAUGUUAGUGUUGGUGGUUUAUUUUGCUACUGCACAAGGCUCUUUCCCAAUGAUUUGACUGGAUGUUUGACUAUUUUUAUAUAUUGGGUUGUUUUAGCCAAAAAAAUUGAACUGAUCAAAAUGUCUUGAGCUAUACUGAUGAGCAUCAUGGGCCAUGUUUCGUUGGCUGCUGUGCCAAUUCUUGCUGGUGACCGUUACUGUUCUCGCCUGUUUUUUCUUUUGUUCCUUGUAUGUAUUCUACUUUGCAGAAAAUGUGUCAGAUAGUGCACAUGUUUUGGUAAACAUUAUAGUCGAGCUUUAAUAUUCUUGAAGAUAUUCUUUGCUGUAAAUAGGUGCUGCUGAUGGCACUCGGCUGUGCCGUGUACCACGUGCAGCAACACAAUCCCAGUAAAGAACAGCUUUUCAGAUGUUACUGAAAUAAUACCUUACCAGCGUAACCGCUGCAGGUCAUUACCUAAACCCUGCCUGUAUGGGACUAAGAGUGAAGGAGAACGUGGGUAAUGUAGUUUUGAACACUCCAUUUCAGUGAUUUGGAUGAAUAUAAAUCUAAAUUAUUAUCCACAUUUAUGUAGUUGGCGUUUCAUGGAAAAUGUGUAAUGAUCUACUGCUACCAUCAGCUUUUUCAUACAGGAAAAAAUAGCCAAUUACAAUCUCUUGAACAUUUGUGUAUGAUUAAAUUCUGAACAAUUCACAAAAAUGAAAGGGCAGAAAUGAAAGGUAUUUUUUUUGAUGAUCAUCUUAAGUAUUGGUAAUGUACAUCAAACAAAUACUGCUAAUCUGGAUGGUACUAGAAUGGAAAGGGGAGGUGGGACUGUGCAAAAACCAGCAGGUUGUUUGUCCUGCGGUUAUUACUCCCACAGGAUAGCCACUCUGAAUUAGUGGCUGUCUCGGUUUGGGUUCGUUUUGGUCCUGAGGUCAGGGGUGUGGGCUAAUAACUACAAAAUGCUGGCUGGCUCUUACGGAGCACUAUGGAUGUUAGAGCACAGCACCAAUUUUACAGCAGAGUAUCUACAGUACAUGUGUGUAGGACACAUAACAUAUCAUAUGGCAUUUUAUGGACGCUUUUAUUUAAAGCACUUUAUUGUAUCAUGGGUGUAUACAUUUUUACCAUGCAUGGCCCAUGUGGGAAUGCAACUGCUAUGUUUGUGCUUCACUGGGAAGUGGUUGCCUAAGCAUCACUGUGUGGGUCCGUUUUUUAGCAGUUGUCAGCAGGCAUAUCUCAAAAUGUGCUUUUUGGAUCACCAUGGAAUGUGGCGACAACUUUUAUGAAGGCUAAAGGAUGAAGCCUGGCAAUUUUGGUGACCCCAUGAUUUUAUGUCUAGUGCUACUAGCAGGCCCAGUGGGGCAUUUGCAUUUAAAGUAUCACACUUGUUAGUUAUUAAAGCAUUUAUCAGAAGCAGCUGCUGUGGAGGCAGAUACAAUCUCAUUGGCUGAUUUAAACCUCAGCAGAGCUAAGGAACCAGUUUUUCAGAGCAUCAGUUCGCUAACAUUAACUGUCAAAAUGAAAUGGCUAAGAAAAGGAAUUCAUGUGGUUAAAACAUAAAUAUAAAUGUAAAUUACUAUUUUGUUUCAUUCAUGACCAUGGAAUUCUUCAUCUUGCAAGGUCAAUAGGUUAGGUGACUAUUUACAUAAAGUUAAGUUACAGUUAAAGGCAAGCAUGGCUAAUUUGACUUAACUUAGAUUGCAUUUAUUUAAUUACUUGCUGGAACACAAGGCUUCAUCAUAUUAACCAAAUUGUCUUUAUCACUGGGCUUACUUGGCCUAAAAAUGGUGGUUCUUUAGCUCCGCCCAUGAAAGCGUAACUCAGCCAAUGAAAGGAGCCCGGCCUACAAGAAGCACUAUCACUAAAACUCCAGUUCAAAUGCUUGGCAGAGUGAGUAACAUCCUCUAACUGUGCAGCCAGGUGUGUUGACAAUGGCUAUGACCAAACUAGACUCACUUUAACCCAAGUAAAGAAAAAGCUGAGCUGUCUUGCCUAAUGUGUUUCUUUCUGAUCUAGUUAAAAGCCAUGCAAUGUUGAAUUCAGGGUGGAUUCCUUUGAAUUCCCAUGUCUUCCAUGUGAAGUAACAAGGUUUCCAGUAUGAUUGUGUCAUCAGAAACAUGUGUUACCUUGGAUGGAGACGUGAUGGCGAUCUGUCGGAUUCAAGGUCCUUUGAGCUCAUUGUGUUUUCAGUAUUUCACAGUCAAUUAUUUCAAAAUGCUGGAGAGGUGUCUGACAGAAAGAGAGGGGCAGAGAGAAAAAAGGGUGUGAAAAGUGCAUGUGUUUGUACAUAUGUAUGAUUGUUUGUUGCGUAUUAAUAUGACAUAUAUUGAGACAUAUAGGCUAUAAGGAAGAACAAUAUUAAGAUAGAUUCUGGUGUAUUUUGCAUGUUUUCAAUCAAACCAAAUAACUUAUAGACCACAUCAUUGUAAAUUUAUAUCAUUCUAUACUGUGCACAAACUCCCAGCUAGUUUGAUUAGUUGUAUAAAGAAUGAUAAUAUUAAGUGACAUACAUUUCAGUGAAGUUCCCAGUAAUGAGUGUAGGGUGCUCUGAAAAAUAAAUUUGAAAAAUAACCUAAGAGAAGCAGCACAUGUGCUACUUGAGAUUCUAAGCACAGGAAAGAUGAGUAAUGUCCAGUUAUUUUCUGACACUAAUUCUCAUAAAUUUCUUUCCUGUGCUAUGUUUUCCCACAAUAGAGUCUCGUUUGGGUGGAAUCCAAUAGCAGUACCAUCAGCAUUGGCAUUACCAUCCACUAAUAUUGCAUGUAUGACCAUGACACCCUUCACAUUGAGUAUCAUUUAAAGUUAAAACACAACUUUAUUAGGAAUGGCUAUCAAAAUGGCAAGUAGGGGGCUGCUGGUUUCAGCCCGUUCAUAAAUUUAAUUCACUUUGGUGUGAUAUUUACAUGUUGAAUAUUUCACUAGCACCAUCCAGAGUGACUUAAAAAGCAGUCAGCUGGUUGGAUUUCAGUGUCUUGCACAAGGGCACUUUAACAGAACCAACUCAGCCUGGUGCCUUUGAAGAAAAAGACCCACCAGAUCAGCAAGCGAUUCAUUAAAAUCUGAAUUAAGCAACAGUGACAGUGAUAUUGUGCAUUAUUUGUAGUCUUAUCUAGUUUUGCCUGCUUAUCAUUGUUGAAAACGAGAGACUGGGGAGAAAAAUAUGAAUGCUGACAUAACUUUAUGAGGUCAUAUCAAGGGGAACAUGCUGUCGAAUGAAAAUAACCCAAAGUGAAACUUCACUUUAAUGGUAAAGCUGACCCCCAAAAAUGAUACUUUUGUUAGAUUUUCUCAGAGGUGGAGUCAGAAUAAAACUGUUCAUAAUAAAUAUAUUAUAAAAAUGCCACAAGGGUUUUUUUUUUCUUACAUUU